UCCUCCUCCUCCUCCUCCUCUUCCUCUUCACACACUCUCACUCUGGACUCCGGGCGCGUUCUGGAGAAGCUCGUGCAGCCGCUCUCGGAAUCGGAUGCGCGUUCGCGCCGAACACUUUCGCUGGCGGUUCCGACUGAAGGCGCGAUGUCCGCGAUUGGGGGGGCGAGUCGCUCUGGACCCGACGGCGGCGGCGGCGGCGGCGGGCUCGGCUCGUGCACCUGCACCCCCCCGCCGCCACCUCGCGCCGACCGCUUCCUCGGAGGAGAAGGAGGGGGGGGGCAAAGGUUCCCCGCACCUGGCGCGAAGGCGGAGCCCGGCGGCGCCCGCGCCACCAAGUCCUCGCGCCGCAACGCGUGGGGGAGCCAGUCUUACGCGGAGCUCAUCACGCGCGCCAUCGAGAGCACCCCCGAGGGGAGGCUGACCCUGUCGCAGAUCUACGACUGGAUGGUGCGAUAUGUGCCCUACUUUAGGGACAAAGGGGACAGCAACAGCUCGGCGGGCUGGAAGAACUCGAUCCGACACAACCUGUCCCUGCACAACCGCUUUGUCCGCGUCCAGAACGAGGGCACCGGCAAGAGCUCCUGGUGGAUGCUGAACCCGGAGGGUGGCAGGAUGGGAAAGGCACCCAGACGCAGGGCGCUCGACGCGCAGGGUGGGGCUCCCUACUCCAAGACCAAGGGUAGGGGCCCCGGGGCGAGCGGGGCAGGGGGAGCCGGACCGGGACCCCAGAGAUCUCCGGAGCACGGCAGUCCCGCCGGGGGGACAGUCGCCGAGGGAAGGGGCGUCGGCUUUGAUUCCUGGAUCGAGCGCCUCCACCCCCCCACGGGCUGCUCUGCCCCCCUUCCGGGUCGUCCCGACCGGGAGCUGCAGGAACCCGUGGAGAGGCUCCGGUCCUGCGCGGCCUCCCCCCCGUUCUACCCCAGCCCCGCCCAUGCCCGCUCCCCGGCCUCGGAGGGGCUUCCGCAGCUGGCGGACCUCGCGGCGUGUGUCGGCGUGGAGGACGGCUUCACCCAGCCCCCCCGGGCAGAACACCCCCCUUUCCCCUUUACCGCGCCUGCAUCCAAAGGCCAGGAGUCCUACUACGGAUCCGUUUACGGGCAGGCACGCUUGGAGGGGGUUCUGCACCACUCGCCCAUGCAGAACCGGCACCCGGACUUCCGUGGCGCAGCAGGGCCCUGUUCGACUUCCGGCGCCUUGCAGGAGCUCCUGGGCAGGGGGAGGGCCCGUUACAGAGCCGACAACCUUGGGGGGGAGCGGCCGGCGCUGACGGAGCCGGUCUGCAGCAGCCUGCAGCCUCUGAGCCAGAACCGGAGCCAGAGCCGUGCCCCCCUCCCCCUCGGCCGCGGCCCCGGCCUCUCUCCCGACGAGCCCUGCUCCCAGACCCUGUCUCCGCACUUCCACGGUGGCCUUCUGCCGUCCUGCGUCCGCAGCGUCCGCGGCGUCCGACACGUCUACGGCCGUCCCGGCGAGGUCCCGCCUUCCGCCCCGCCCCCAGACCCGGGUGCCAUGCUGGGUGCCAUGCUGGGUGCCGUGCAGGACUCGUCUCACCUGGCCUCCGCGCCUCAAGCCAGACCGCCGCUGUUCCCCGGGGGACACCCCUGGGGCGUGAUUGACCAGUGCGGCACCGGACCCGUCCACCAAUGCCAAGGCCCGACCGUGGACUACGCGAACCGCCCCCUGUGCCCCGACCGGGACCCGCACCAUGGCGGCCUGAACUGCAGCGCGGACUCUGUUCUGCUCGGCGACUUUGUGGACUUGCACAGGGCAGACGUGAGCUAUGACUGCGCCGUGUCCCAGGUGGAGCAGUGUCCCCUGCAGGACCGAGGCAGCCAGGGGUGGGUGCCCAGCUGAGAGGAGCACGGCGUCCCUUCGCUUUCCCACGUUUCUCUCGGGGUCCGACCAUCUCCUCAGCAGCAUCGCCGGGAAAGCGGAGCCUCUCGCUGUGUGUGCGUCUCCGCUCAUUAAUGUGGGACGACAGUGUGUCGCGUGUGUUUCUGCAUUUCCGUGCAGGAAGUUCUCCGCGGCUCCAUUGGCGGCAGGACGAGGAACUGACGGACGUUCUGUAUUUUUAAAUGUACUCUAGCAAAACGCGUUUCGUUUUGCUUUCCAAGAGGAGUGACGCGUGACGGUUCGGGGUUCGUUGUGUUGCUGAAGAACUUCGCUCGUCUCCGGCGAAGACAUCGUAGGCUGGGUGUCCCUCGCUGAGAGCGGGUGCACCUCCUGCUCCCCAUCCUCCUCCUGCUCCUCCGCGUCCUCCUCGUCCUGCUCGUCCUCCGCAUCCUCCUUGUCCCGUGUCCCAGUUUGCACCUGCAGCCCACGGUGAGCGGAGCGGCUGUCGACGAGCUCCGCGGAGAUGCGCAGGGAUCGUCUUUCUCCUCUCGU